UGAGUUAUUUUUUUAAAAAUACCUGUUUAUUUAAGUAUAUUAAUAUUGAGUAUUUAAUCGGUGCAUUAAUUGAUAAGAGUGCCAAUGCUUAUUACACUUACAAUUAGUCGAGUUUGUAUUCAGAUUAAAUUUACUAGAUAUUUUUAAUACGGAAAUAACAACAAUACUUUUAAAAACAUGGGCUCCAACAUGGUGGAUCUUGUAUCAACAAAUAAAUACACAACAGGGUUAAAUUUUGGCAACCACACUAAUUUAACACCAGUUUCCAAAGCUCUAAUCAAAGGACGUGGCAAAGACAAGUGCUUAUUUCAAACAUGUAACUGGACACGUACCAAAGAAGCCCUGAAGGAACACCUCCUGGAAAGCCACCAAGAGAACGUGUGCUUUGGAAAGAAAAAUGGGUGGACCAUCAAUUUGGAUGAAGUGUCCUGGAAGGAACCUUACAUUGAUGCCAUCAUUGUCAACUCAGAUAUUUUUGGUCUGACAGUUAUGUUGGAGGAGGAUGUGUUACGGUUCAAUGUGGAAAUGUUAAGCCAAAACUUGCACAAAUAUUUUUCCUUGAAAGUCACACUUUUUGGUGAGAAAUGUCAGGAAUACACUUGUUACUGUUUUAAGAACAAAAGUGAUGAAUCGAAUAUUGAUCUCAAGCUUGAUUAUGAUAUGGUAAAUACGUUUUGUGCAGACAACUGUUUAAAAUAUGACGUUACCAUAUUUGGAAACAAUUUAUGUUUGUAG